CAGAUUCCGGGGCUGGUCCGCUUUCUCUCGAUGUAAUCUGAUCCCGUGCAAGUGUCUUGGAAGCAUCAUCAGCUUUCACAAUUCUAAAAGGGAGGUGACUUGAGCGACCGAAGAACAUACGUUGAAUUCAGCAGGAGCUGAAGGACAAACACUGUGUCGCAGCAGCCUGCUGGGAUGCUAUUCAUGCAGCAGCAGGAGAAUUCUAAAUUGGACUCUUGCGGAUGAGAGAGAGAGCCAAGAGAGAGGUUGUACUUGGGGAUCAUGUUUCCCUUCUGCUCAGGCUGACCAAGGAGUGCACCUGGGAAAUAGACCACAUCAGCCAGCAACCUACAGCUAUUGGACUGAAGACAGUGGAGAUGCAUGGCCUGUAAGCAGCCAGCGCCAGUGAUGGCUCACAGGAAGAGGCCAGGAACCAGCGGCUCCAGCUGCAGCAUGGUGGUGCCCCCCGUCCAGCCCCACUGCCCCGUCGCCUACCCCCCAGAGCAGCACGACCAGGAGCAUGAGGAGGGGCCAGGAGAGGAGGAGGAGGAGGUCCACUACUGCCGCCAGCAGGGCCUGGAGCCAGAGCUGACGGACAGCCGGCCAGCCACACCUACUAUACCUGUGCCGGAACACGAGCAUGAACACAGCCAUGACCACGAUCACCCAGACUGCCACGACCAUGAUGACCACAGUAACAGCGACGACCAUGCAGAGUGCCAUGGCCACGAGCAUGCAGACUGUCACGGUCACGAUCACGGUCACAGUCACGACGACGUAGACUGCCAUAACCACGGCCACGUCCACAGUCACAUCAAUGACCACGACCAUGCAGGCUGUCACGGCCACCGUCAUGAUCACGCUGACAGCCUGGACGGAGACUCCAGCUCUGACUAUGUGAACAACACCUCAGAGGAGGAGGACUAUGAUGAAGGUCUGCCGGAGGAGGACGAGGGCGUCACCUACUACAUCCGCUACUGCCCUGAGGAUGACAGCUACCUGGAGGGCAGCAUGGACUGCAACGAGGCCGAGGCUGACUACACCGCCAGCACUGUGCAGCACGUCCUGCCUGAGCCCCCGGGCGACACAGACGAGUGCCAGGAGGCGGUGGAGGAGUGGGCGGAGGGAGAAGGAGGGGUGGAGGUGGGGGAGGUGCGCUGUGAGGUGGUGGAGCAGGACCCAGAUGAACAGAUCUACAACGUCCUGGACCACCACGCCCUCCCCGCCGCCGUCCUGCACGAGUCCCCCCCACCCACAGAGGAGGAAGAAGAGGAGGAGGAGGAGAGAGCUGGGGUUGCCUACACUGGGGAUUACUAUGGCCCAGAGGAGGACAAUGGGAACUCCGUGGUUCACAUACCGCGGUCUCCAUACCGUGGCCGUAAGGUGGUAGUGGAGGGGGAGACGGGGGAGGAGGCGGAGGAGGACAUUGACCAGAUAGUGGCAGAGAUCAAGAUGAGUAUGAGCAUGGGUAGUCUGAGCAGCGGUGGCACUGACCAGAGCCCUGACGAGCUGGUGCAAGACAGUGUACCCAGUGAUUACCACCCUCCUGAGGCCCACGCCAAGCCUGAGCCUGCACCCUACACCCCAACCCCACACCGCCACGACAGCAGACCCAAGUCCCUCAACCUCCCUUCCACACGGCACAACAACCCUGAGCUCCAGAGGGGCUUCAAGGUUCGCUCCCGCACCCCGGAGGAGCGACAGCAGUGGGCUCAAGAACAGAUGACCAACGGUGCGGAGCAUCCCAGGAAACAGCAGCGUUCUGACCUCAACGUGCCGCUGGAGAACAACAAUGUCCCGGAGGAAACAAAGAAGGCUGCAUCGUUCCCCUGCUUUGUUGAUGUUCCGGGGCCCUGUGAGCCAGAAGAUCUUAUUGAUGGCAUCAUCUUUGCUGCUAACUACCUGGGCUCCACCCAGCUGCUCUCUGAGAGGAACCCGUCCAAGAACAUCCGCAUGAUGCAGGCCCAGGAGGCUGUCAGCCGGGUCAAGAGGGUUCAGAAGGCUGCCAAAAUCAAGAAAAAGGCGAGCCCAGAGGGGGACGCACAGACACUGACAGAGGUGGACCUUUUCAUCUCCACCCAGAGGAUCAAAGUGCUCAACGCAGACACACAGGAAACUAUGAUGGACAACGCCCUGCGCACCAUCUCCUACAUAGCUGACAUUGGGAACAUCGUGGUGCUGAUGGCGAGGCGCCGCAUGCCGCGCACAGCCUCCCAGGACUGCAUCGAGACCACACCUGGAGCCCCAGAGGCCAAGAAACAGUACCGGAUGAUCUGCCACGUCUUUGAGUCUGAGGACGCCCAGCUCAUAGCCCAGUCGAUUGGGCAGUCAUUUAGCGUGGCUUACCAGGAGUUCCUGAGGGCUAACGGCAUCAACCCAGAGGACCUGAGUCAGAAGGAGUACAGUGACAUCAUUAACACGCAGGAGAUGUACAACGAUGACCUCAUCCACUUCUCAAACUCUGAGAACUGCAAAGAGCUGCAGCUGGAGAAGCAUAAGGGUGAGAUCUUGGGCGUGGUCAUAGUGGAGUCUGGCUGGGGCUCCAUCCUACCCACGGUCAUUCUGGCCAACAUGAUGAACGGUGGGCCGGCCGCCCGCUCCGGGAAGCUCAGCAUCGGAGACCAGAUCAUGUCCAUCAACAACACCAGCCUGGUGGGGCUGCCGCUUGCCACCUGUCAGGGAAUCAUCAAGGGCCUGAAGAACCAGGUGCAGGUGAAGCUGAACAUUGUGAGCUGUCCCCCUGUCACCACCGUGCUCAUCAAGAGGCCAGACCUCAAGUACCAGCUGGGCUUCAGCGUCCAGAAUGGGAUUAUCUGCAGCCUGAUGCGUGGGGGUAUUGCUGAGCGGGGGGGUGUCCGGGUUGGCCACCGCAUCAUUGAGAUCAAUGGUCAAAGCGUGGUGGCUACAGCGCAUGAGAAGAUUGUCCAAGCCCUCUCAAACUCUGUGGGCGAGAUCCACAUGAAGACAAUGCCAGCGGCCAUGUUCAGACUCUUAACAGGACAGGAGACUCCUAUGUAUAUAUAAACCAAGGACAGAUCCCAUUUUCCUCCACAGAGGAGCUGUAAGGAGCGGUUGUUUACAGUCCAGUUGGAGAGCUCUGGGUAGACAAGACUAGCAGACUAAUGAGUGUAUGAGGAUGGCAAGUGAGCCAGAGUGAUUACCUUUCUUACUUUUGUGUCAAUGACUUAUCCUUUUCUGAGCUAACAUUCAUCCAACUGAUACUCCCGAUAUUUUGCUGAUGUUAAUACUAAAGAGGGUCAUCUGGGCAGAAGGUGUUUACGUUAUUUAUUUGUGUUGUUUGUGAUGUUUUUUUGAUGCAUCACAAUGUAUUUUUUAUAUUCACAUCAAUGUAAUAUUGUAUAAUGUAAUAUUGCAUAUUGUUUCAUUUACUUUUCUUUGUUUUUAAUUUUCAUGUAAAUACAUAUUUUACUAAUGUGUCUGAAGUAAUGGGGAAGGGUCAUGGUUGCUUUGUAAAUAUUUAUUGACUUUUCCUGCUGGUUUGAUAGCAGGGAAGAGAGUCCUUGACCGCUAAAGGACGAUUGAAAUCCUGUUGUCAAUAUAGUUUAGAUGGACAAUGAAAGGGUAUUUGGGAGUGACUUGGGUAAUAUAAUUUAGUUUAUAUACAGUACCAGUCAAAAGUUUGAACACACCUACUCAUUCAAGGGUUUUUCUUUAUUUUUACUAUUUUCUAAAUUGUAGAAUAACAGUGAAGACAUCAAAACUAUGAAAUAACACAUACGGAAGGAAUCAUGUCGUAACCAAAAAAGUGUUAAACAAAUCAAAAUACAUUUUAUAUUUUAUAUUCUUCAAAGUAGCCACCCUCUGCCUUGAUGACAGCUUUGCACACUUUUGGCAUUCUCUCAACCAGCUUCACCCGGAAUGCUUUUCCAACCGUCUUGAAGGAGAUCCCACAUAUGCUGAGCACUUGUUGGCUGCUUUUCCUUCACUCUGCGGUCCAACUCAUCCCAAACCAUCUCAAUUAGGUUGAGGUCGGUUGAUUGUGGAGGGCAGGUCAUCUGAUACAGCACUCCAUCACUCUCCUUCUUGGUCAAAUAGCCCUUACACAGCCUGAAGGUGUGUUGGGUCAUUGUCCUGUUGAAAAACAAAUAAUAGUCCCAUUAAGCGCAAACCAGCUGGCAUUGGCGUAUCGCUGCAGAAUGCUGUGGUAGCCAUGCUGGUUACGCGUGCCUUGGAUUCUAAAUAAAUCACAGACAGUGUCACUAGCAAAGCACCCCCACACCAUCACACAUUCUCCUCCAUGCUUCACAGUGGGAGCCACACAUGCGGAGAUCAUCCGUUCACUUACUCUGCGUCUCACAAAGACACAGUGGUUGGAACCACAAAUCUCAAAUUUGUACACAUCAGACCACAGGACAGAUUUACACCGGUCUAAUGUCCAUUGCUCGUGUUUCUUGUCCCAAGCAAGUCUCUUCUUAUUAUUGGUGUCCUUUAGUAGUAGUUUCUUUGCAGCAAUUCGACCAGGAAGGCCUGAUUCACAGUCUCCCCUGAACAGUUGAUGUUGAGAUGUGUCUGUUACUUGAACUCUGUGAAGCAUUUAUUUGGGCUGCAUUUUCUGAGGCUGGUAACUCUAAUGAACUUAUCCUUUGCAGCAGAGGUAACUCUGGGUCUUCCUUUCCUAUGGCUGACCUCAUGAGAGCCAGUUUCAUCAUAUCACUUGAGGGUUUUUGCUACUGCAAAUUUUCUUUAAAUUUUCUGUAUUGACUAACCUUCAUGUCUUAAAGUAAUGAUGGACUGUAGUUUUUCUUUGUUUAUUUGAGCUGUUCUUGCCAUAAUAUAGACUUGGUCUUUUACCAAAGAGGGCUAUCUUCUGUAUACCACCCCUAACUUGUCACAACACUACUGAUUGGCUCAAAUGCAUUAAGAAGGAAAGAAAUUCUGCAAAUUAACUUUUAACAAGGCACACCUGUUAAUUGAAAUGCAUUCCAGGUGACUACCUCAUGAAGCUGGUUGAGAUAAUGCCAAGAGUCUGCAAAGCUGUCAUCAAGGCAAAGGGUGGCUACUUUGAAGAAUCUCAAAUGUUUGUUUAACACUUUUUUGGUUACUACAUGAUUUCAUAUGUGUUAUUUCAUCGAUUUGAUGUCUAAAUUAUUAUUCUAAACUCAGCAAAAAAUGAAAUGUCCCUUUUUCAGGACCCUGUCUUUCAAAGAUAAUUCGUAAAAUUCCAAAUAACUUCACAGAUCUUCAUUGUAAAGGGUUUAAGCACUGUUUCCUAUGCUUGUUCAAUAAACCAUAAACAAUUAAUGAACAUGCACCUGUGGAACGGUCGUUAAGACUCUAACAGCUUACAGACGGUAGGCAAUUAAGGUCAGUUAUGAAAACUUAGAACACUAAAGUGGCCUUUCUACUGACUCUGAAAAACACCAAAAGAAAGAUGCUCAGGGUCCCUGCUCAUCUGCGUGAACGUGCCUUAGGCAUGCUGCAAGGAGGCAUGAGGACUGCAGAUGUGGCCAGGGCAAUAAAUUGGAAUGUCCGUACUGUGAGACGCCUAAGACAGCGCUACAGGGAGACAGGAUGGACAGCUGAUCGUCCUCGCAGUGGCAGACCACGUUCUGUUCCCUACAAGACAGGAAUGUCAGUGUUCUGGCAUGGCCUGCGAAGAGCCCGGAUCUCAAUCCCAUUGAGCAGGUCUGGGACCUGUUGGAUCGGAGGGUGAGGGCUACGGCCAUUCCCACCCAGAAAUGUCCGGGAACUUGCAGGUGCCUUGGUGGAAGAGUGGAGUAACAUCUCACAGCAAGAACUGGCAAAUCUGGUGCAGUCCAUGAGGAGGAGGUGCACUGCAGUACUUAAUGCAGCUGGUGGCCACACCAGAUACUGACUGUUACUUUUGAUUUUGAUCCCCUCAUUGUUCAGGGACACAUUAUUCCAUGUCUGUUAGUCACAUGUCUAUGGAACUUGUUCAGUUUAUGUCUAAGUUGUUGAAUCUUAUGUUCAUACAAAUAUUCACACAUGUUAAGUUUGCUGAAAAUAAACACAGUUGAUAGUGAGAGGACGUUUCUUUUUUUGCUGAGUUUACAAUGUAGAAAAUAGUAAAAAUAGAGAAAUACCCUUGAAUGAGUAUGCGUGUCCAAACUUUUGACUGGUACUGUAUAUCAAGCCAAUACUAGCAGCAGAGGUUGUAAGUUUCAAAACGCCAUAUCCCUUCAGAUUUGAACUUUUUCAUUUUACAGAAGUUCAAUCUGGUCAUGACAACAAGUCAUGAGGUAAAUGUUACUGACUAGUGUGCAGGUGUUUUUUUAACUUCCAUAUGUCAACACAAUGUUUUGGACAGCACUGUCUCUCGCACAUUUUAAUAACAGUUAAUUCAAAACUAUAAGCAAUGUAUGAAACUUGAAAGGGUAGUUUCUAUGUGUGCUAUGUUCAUCUUAUGUGUUUCACCCCAGCAGAAACUCAGUUGAGUCGAUUGUGAAUGUAUUGUGUUGUAAGAACUGUGUCCAUUGCCAUAAGCAGUAUUAGAAUGUCUGUACAUAAAGAUAACUUUGUCUAGGAUUGUGCUCAUAAGCGUCAUGUUUAGCCACUGCAAAUAUCCCUCCUUCUGCUGUGUCGGGCUUCAGCCUUGAGAGAAAGAUGAACAAUGAAUCCCACUGUGACUGAGGAAGCCUUACGACUGAGUAAUGCUUUUAACAUGCAUUGUACUAAAAAUUACAUUUGAAAAAUUUACAUUUAUCUGUGUGCAUGCCUCAUGAUAGUAUCAAAUCAUUAUGUCAAGAUAACAAUAAAAUCUCAAAUAAACCCCAA